UCUUCUCCAGAAAGUAUUGUUGAUGUUUACGUAGACUCUCGGGCGACUCUGGCGCCGUCCACAUCGAUUCGCUUUGGUAGCCGUCUUUUGAAGUAUAAAAUUGAACCCAACAAUCCCAACUGGUCAAUCUCAACGGGAUUUCCGCAUAGAAAUGAGUUGUCGAUAACUCACGAUAGAUUUUUAUAGAAAAGUAAUGUAAUUUUCAUGAAGACUUCUAGUCUCUCUAUCAAUCUGGAUCCACAAUACCCGCGAAACACCAAUGUGCAGUUGAAAUUGUUAAUGAAAAUCCUUUCGUGCUGACGACAUUCCAAAUCUAGACGUUAAAUAGUGCAGAAUAAUUUCUUAUGCUAAUAUUCUUUCAAACUGCAUAAUAACCUUGACCCAAAAUAUCAAUCAAUAUCAACAUAUUUCCAAAACUUCCUGUUCACGCACAAUCCAGUCUAGUUGAAGACAAUUUCAAUGGAAGUAAUGAAAAAAUCGAAAAUUGUCACGGAUCCAAAUCAUCUGUUCGCGAGUGAAAAAUAGACAGAAGUUAUUUCAGUCGGGUAUCUAGAUUUUACUGUUCUGCAACACCAAGAGCUGGUCCCGUCCACCUCUCCCCAGUCGUCAAUGCCGGGAGUUAAAAUUCGCUGUCACUGCGCGACACCCACUGUCACAGUCCUAGAUCCGCAAAAAUUCCCCAUUUUUCGCGUUUAAAUGGAAAGUGAUGUACCCGAAGAGGAACGUUGAGAAUAUGAUUUCACGGAUUAAUGUGGCGAGGGGUUUGUGGCAGUGAAACUGGUGAUCAGUCUUGAAGUGCUCUGGUAUUUAUAUCUAUCCUUAUCUUGUUAGAACACUCGCGGCUGGCGGUCGAUACGAGAAUGUCGAAGGACAAAUGCAGUUUCACGCAUGAACAGCAUCACUUGUGGAUGGGAAAGUGCGGAAUCCAUCUCAGAAGUGAAAUGGAAAAAUUCGUCUGAUUUUUCGGUAGCGUAAUUUAGCAGGCACGAGUUGACAUGUCGUUUGACAGAAUUGUUGUUGUGAUUGCCUGUGUCCUCGGCCUCUUCGGGAACUUUGGAAAGUGCAGUGAUACCAAGAUGAGCGUCAGUGGUGAUAAAAUAUCACCGAGCGUCGGGACAUCAGUGGCACCGUUCGAGAAACCAACGCUCUCAAUCUGUUGUCCCCCAGGAUCAUUUAUGUCGUCCGCUCGAUACAUGAACUGCAUCUCAAAAACCUCAAAACCUGUUUAUGACGUCGAAAUACCACGGAUUUUCCAAUCGAACCAGAAAUUAUCUAUGAAAAAGCCGGAGGAUUUUCACCGCAGGUAUAAGAUUCCGUGUAAUGAGCACAUGUACCUACUCACAACUGAAACAGCUGAACUUGAUAUGUUUUACUUGGUGGAAGAUGGAAGAUUAGGGUUGAAUAAUUCCAAGUAUGAAGAGGAAGAUGAAUUCCUGGAAAUUGAUGAGUAUUGCUUCAGUAGUUGGAUGGGAAAAAAUGGCACUCACACGAGGAUCCUUGCGUGCUAUUCUGUAUUCCAGAUGGAAGAUUUUCCGUUUCUGUAUGCAAUUAGUCUCGCAUUCCCAAUGCCAUUUCUGAUUGUCACGUUCGCCGUCUACGCGUGUUUACCAGUAUUGAGAAAUAUCCAUGGGAUGAUCCUGAUGGCUUACGUUGCUUCGCUGUUCUUAGCCUACGGAGGAAUCACUCUUAUGAGGCUCAAGGUUUUCGAUCCGGAAAAGUCACCAGUGGCCUGCACUUUUUUAGCAUUUUUUGACUACUUAUGGUUCAUGUCUUCUUUCUUUUGGCUCAAUGUCAUGUGCUUCGACAUCUGGUUGACUUUCAGGAACUCCUCCCAGUCCUCCCAGUCGCGGCAGGGGAGCGUCAAGCAGUGCAAGAAAGAGGAACGACGUAAAUUCAUAAUGUACGCAAUUUAUGCUUGGGGGUGUCCAUUAAUAUUGACAAUCAUCUGUCUCAUGAUGGACUUUAUGCCCGAUUUCUACGAUGAAUAUUUCAGUCCCAGUUUCGGAGAAUUUAGCUGUUGGUUCCAAGAUGAACUUUCGGAAUCUCUUUUUCUGUACUGUCCAAUGGCAAUUACGGUCAUAUGCAACAUCUGUUUAUUUAUUUCGACAACAGUUAAAAUCCUCCGGCAGAAGCGCGAGACGGCAUCCCAGCUCCAGAGAAAGGACAGUCAGCGACACGAUGCAAAACAAUGGUUCAGUCUUUACUUGAAACUUUUCGUAAUAAUGGGGGUGACGUGGUCAAUGGAUAUUAUUGGAUGGCUACUCAGCAUGGAGGGACCUUGGGUGCGAUAUGUGACAGACGCCAUCAACGGUGUCGAGGGGGUCCUGAUUUUCGUAAUCUUCGUAUGCAAAGACAAAAUAAAACGGCAUUUGAUAAAACGUUUCACUGGCAGAGAACCAAAUGGCCCGAGAGCUGUUUGAAAGAUAAUUUAUUUAUUCAGUUUUUCCGAGCGAGCAUCGAAACAAUGUAAAUUAUUAGCAUAACAACAGUAUUAAACUUUCCAGAAAAUAUAUCGAAAUUAUACAAAAA